CAUCGUUCAAGUCUCGCAGAACUUGCUAAGCUGAUAUUACAAGAAACAGUGGUUUCUUUUCCUCUUGUUCCAUUUUUUCCAUCAGCUUCUCGCGCAGUUCACAAUUCCGUCAAACAAAGAAAACUGUGCUCUUUUUCCAUAGAAAAAGACGGCAGAAAUGGUUUCCAUUCUCUCUUAUGCGACAUUGAUUUUGUGCACUGUGGCCCUUAGCGAGUCGUGCAGUUGCGCUAAGACAACUCACAUGGGGAUUUUAUGCAGAGAUGACUUCGGUGAGUUGCUACCUCAAUAAUUCAAAAAGUUUUGAUUUCCAAUUCACUUAGUCAAUAAUUUCUGCUUUUAUUCCAGGUAACCUGUCCUUUUUCUCUUAAACUCUAAGAAGUAAUCAAGAUAUAACUUCUCCCUAUUAUAUACAUUCGUUCCCUGGGAAAUGGGUAACGAGAAUACUCAAACUGAUCACGUACAAGUUGUCAUCGUGAUCUUAUACCAAAUUCUCGUAUCUAAUUUACAAUGAAAUGUAUACCAACGAGAGAGGAGAAGUAACAAUCAGUUCCUUCCAACCACGCCCUUGUCUCCUGAACAUGCGGCAAACCACCGAAACUUCGUGCAUUACGACAUAACGAGACUAGGUUCGAUAUUUUUGAACCGCUGGCCAGAAAAAAAGUAGCGGAACUAUAUCGAGGCUUGUGGUAAACUUUCCGCUUAAAAUGAAAUAGAAAUGAAAUGGUUUUUCUUUUAAAGUCUGACUUUUUCUAGUUGCGAUAAAAGACUCAGUAGAAAGGAAGUUUAAUAAUAUGAGUUUGUCGUUACGCACAGUUUCUUCUGGCAGUGGCAAUUUACGAGCCGGCCUUGACUUCGUGAACCGUCAAAUCGAGGACUGAUCGUGUUAAGAGGUAAUCAUGACAUUUCAAGUCGAAGGCAAGAGAAAAGUGCAGGAUCACGCAAAGGUUAAAAAAAGGUCCGCACUGCGUACGUGUGUCUAAUCCAAAUUAAAAUGAAUGUAUUAUCACAAAAAAACAUGCUAACAGUCGUACUGCACUCUCAGUCUAUUUGGUAGGUAUGUUCAAUAUAUAUCAAUGGGUGUAUUGGUGUACCAAAGCGCGGUAUUUUUCAGGGAAUUGUUUGGAUAAACUAUGUGAUGCAAAUUACGCAAGUCGAUCCUCGAGAGAGUUUCUCAACUUAACAGAUCAUGACUGCCGAAGGAAAAAAUUGUGCAAAUAUUAACGCAAUAGCAGAUACAACUAAACUUGAAAUAAGUUUUUGGAAACAUGGGAACAGAAAAAAAGGAAAAAUUUAACACGAAGAUUUCCGUAAAAUAUUUAAUUCUGUCAAACAUAGAUAGGUACAAUUUGGGUACAAUUCGCGACGAAAUUCCGAUCAUUUUGAGGCGUUACUAUUUUAAACUUACAAAAUAAAAUGGAGACCAAACGAACACAAAGAAUCGUAAAUUAAAACGUAUGGAAAACACAAAUUACGCAAUGUUUUUAGCAGCUGAAGGGUAGAUACUCGUGCAAGAAGUAAAGUCGUGAAAUCUGUUAACACAUACACUGGUAGUCUAGCUCUGACUGUGUGUCGAUUAAAGGAAAAGUGAAAGUGCACAAAGUACAAAAGGUAAAUUAUAAAGGUGAAAUGUGUGGUGCGUAUGAUCGGAAAUGUAUUCAGUAUCAAUAACUUAUAAAAUACUGGUGUACUCUCCGACGCCUCGCCUCGCUUCUUCAGGCCCUCCUCAAGAUACGACAAUCUAAAAAACGCAUGUUUUUUCUACGACGAUAAGUUUUCUCGAAACGUUUGCUCUUUCGAAUUCAAUCGGUCCCGAAUAUUUCUCUGUCACAAGGAGUUACGCUCACCAAAUAGGGAUUUCCGACAGAUCUUACGACAAAAUAGCCAAGUGGUUCCGCCCAAUCACUGGAUGCGCAUUCUUGUCAUAUUAUGUUACGCGAUGAUCGCUCACUUCAUUUAACCUGUCACUUACGGUAACUUCACAGAAACCAUAACACCAAUACGUCAUUUGUUGUCUUACAUGAGGCACCUACUGAAUCUCCUACCGCUCAUGCAAGGUGUCUAGCUGCUACGCACUAAACAAAAAAAACGCUCCUAGAGGAAAAAAGUAAUACAGAUGGUGAAUUUAUCGGUAUAUCAUUUAAAGGAUGAUUCUGCAAAAUGUUUUGGGAGACCAAACGAAGGCUAUCAUCAUAAUUCAGCUGUCAUUUUGCCGUGCAUUGAUAUCGUUGAAUGUAUAGGAAAUUGUUAUUGAGACAAAUCAGCAUUUUUAACACGGAGCUUUUGUCUUCACUUAACAGCCAUCAGAGCUAAGGUUACUCAAGUCACAGAUUUGGGGAGCCUGAAAAUCUAUACACUCGACAUAAAAAAUAUUUUCAAAGAAGGUGCCCAGUUCUAUAAAGUGACGCCUACGAAGGCGACCAUUCAAGGGCCUGUCCGGAGUGGUACAGCUUGGACAAGGACAGAUGGUUGUGGAAUGGACCUUCAACUGGGUAAUGUUUACCUCUUAACGGGUAAAAUAGAAAAAAACGAAGAUGCAGACCUUCACAUUACCCGAUGUGGCUGGAAU